CCAUAUGGAACCAAACACUUAUAAUGUGACAAACGUUGUUGUUGGGGGCGUCCCGUCACCGUACCGGGGCGUGAGGAAGCGGAAGUGGGGGAAAUGGGUGUCGGAGAUUCGCGAGACGGGAAAGAAAACGAGAAUUUGGUUAGGGAGUUUUGAGACGGCUGAAAUGGCGGCCGUGGCGUACGACACGGCGGCGUUUUAUUUAAGGGGCACGUCGGCGCGGCUAAAUUUCCCGCAGUGGGCCCGGGCGCUCCCCAGGCCGAGGACCUCCGGCGCCGACGACAUUCGCGCGGCGGCGCGCGAGGCGGCGCUGUUGCUUAAGGGGGCGAUGGGAUUGGAGGGGCAGCGAGAGGAUAAUGCUGCGCCGCUGCGGGCAGGGAGUUCUAGUGGUGCUAGUAACGUUCCUGCGGCGGCGCCGGUGAAUGUGGGGUUGUCGGAGAGUGAAAUCCAAGCCAUUAACGACUUCCCGUUGGAUUCGUCGGAAAUGUGGUCGGAGAUGGCGGCAGGGUUUCAUGUUAUGGGAGAUGAUCAGUCCAUGGUUUUGGCUACUAGUGAGUAUGAGGAGACUAACUAUGAAGAUCAAAUAGAUGAUUCUCUUUGGGAUCUUUAGAAUCACUUCAAAGGUUUUGUUUUGUGAAAUGGGUUUACUAUGCCACUUGCAGAUUUUGUAGUUGACAUUUAGCUGUCACUACCAUUUGCUUUUAGAGAGUCAACUUAUUUGUAUUACACUUAUGCUUCAUUGUAUGAUACAAAAAUAUCAGU